AUGGUUGAGGAAGCAUGCGCAGCGACUAAAUUACUGAUGGGUGAAAAUCUUCAUGGGUUGGCAAUGGAUACCGACACAAAAUCAAUGCGACAACCACUGGGAGUUUGCGGCUGCAUUUCGCCAUUCAAUUUUCCAGCUAUGUGUUCAUUGUGGUCGCUGCCGUUGGCACUAGUUGCAGGCAACACGCUUGUGCAUAAGCCAUCGGAGCUAGAUCCCUCAGUAAUAUUAAUGAUAGCUGAGUUGACUAAGGAGGCUGGUAUUCCGGAUGGCUGCUAUAAUGUCUUUCAUGGCCAGCACGACUGCGUUAACUUUAUCUGCGACAAUCCGGAUAUCAGAGCUAUCUCAUUCGUCGGUGGAAAUCAAGCAGUUAGUUGA